AUGGGCUGGGCUGGUGUGACAGCGCCUCGCGCGUCUUUCCGGUUCGCCCAGCCCCCGUGCCUCUCCCACCUCGUUAUCCCCGCCCACCUCGCCGACCCGCCCAGCCACGACCGCCGCGGCGACGACGUGUCCCUUCUCUACGGCGGCCACAUCAAAACAUCCAGCGGCGACGGCCUCCUCCUCCUCGCCUUCAUGGACGUAACCGGCAUGGCCCCCAUCGUCGCCACGCGCGGCGGCACUCAGGAGCGCGAGCUGACUGCCAUCAACCUGGACUGCGACAUGACGCGCUUCGUCUGCAACCCCCUCAGCGGCCAGGUGUUCCGCCUCCCGGACAUCGACGGCACCAAGAAGACGUCGUGGUACACGGAGAUGGGCAUCCUCACCCAAUCUGAACGCCCGGACCGGCCGCCUGACAGGUACGCUGUCGCCGUGCUCGAUGAGGACCACGAUGGGGAGGGGCGGAGCUUCGUCAUGCGGCGGUUUCUGUCGCAAAGAAGGGAGUGGGAGAAGCUGGUGGGCUUGCCGUCCCCGCUCCCGCUUGCACGGCGGAUCAUUAUAGACCCCGUGGUGCUGGCCUUGGCCGGCCGGCUCUGGUGGGUCGAUGCGAGCUGGGGCGUCAUCUCCUCGAACCCGUUCAGCGACCAACCGGACCUCCGCUUUGUCGAGCUGCCGAGGGGCAGCGUGACAGAGCCCGUGGAGAGUCUGGAGGACUGGCGGCUACAGAGGAGGUACCGCCACAUUGGGGUCAGCGAGGGGAGGCUGCGCUACGCCGAGGUGUCCAAGGAGAAGCCCUUCCUGCUCAGUUCCUUUGCCCUUGAUGAUGAUGAAAGCGGCUGGACACUGGAACACCGGGUGGCACUUAGCCGAGUCUUCCCACAUGGAGAUCACUUGUCUGGGGAUGAUACGCCACACAUCGGCGCUCUUGACCCACUGAGCGCAAGCAUCAUGUACCUCACAGUCGCAGAACAGUCUUUCUCCUUAGACAUGAACAGGGGGAAGCUGCUUUCGUGCUCUUUUACAGGUGAAGGUACUCCCACCGUGGCUUGGAUCAAGCCGAAUCCCUUCUGCAGGAACUUUUUCAAGCACGAAGACAGGUGCCAAAAAGACUUUAUCAGACAUAUUGGUUCGUGUUAACAGAGACAAGAGGCAUUGAGGUUUCGACAAAACCAACUGGCAUGGGCAUUUUAACGAAUUGGGAAGCUGAUGGAUGGUAGCUUGCAGAACCCUCACAGUUUACCUAUUUUGUCUAGUUUUUGGAGAAAUCCGGAAGAGGCUUUUGUUUUCUUUGGGCUUUUCUGUGUGCUGGGGGGCUUUUAGUUGCACGCAUGAUAGAACUUCAAACAUCGCGGUAGAAUGAGUGAGUUCAGUCAGCAUGUAACUGGUCAUCACAAGACUAUUGGUGAUGUGUUCACAGCAAGAUAGCACCCUCAUCUUUUCAAGUUACUAAUGUCGACGCGCAGUUCUAUUACUUGUUCUUUCCAAAUAAAAAGUUCUAUGACCUGA